AUUAAGUGGAGACGAGAUUAUUACCAUUCUACAUCCCGUAUUAAAUUUACUGGCUUUGGCGGUAAAUGUUGAUCGAAAACCACUGCUUCCGAUGAUAUCGGAUGCGAUACGUUUCAUUUUCAACCCAAAAACGCCAUUUUGGACUGGCAAAGCGAUGGAUUUACUGUUCGACGGAAUACCGAUAAAUUGCACAUCGAAGAACUUCAAAGCGAGAACAAUUUGUUCCACGUUUGAAGCUGGCGAAAUUGAAUAUAUUCAGCAAGUUUCUGAUGACGCAACCGAGUUCAAGUUUUCUCUUUUUGGUGCCUUUAAUGAUUCAACGAAUGGUGUAUUCAAAGUUUAUCGUGGUAAAAAAGAGGUCACUGAUAUAGGUCGCAUUGUUGAAGUCGAUGGACAACUCGAUAUUGAUGUAUGGAAUUCAGAUGAGGAGAAUAAGUUCAAAGGAACGGAUGGAUAUUGGAUACCGCCAUUUCGCAACAUUCACGAUCGAAUAUGGGUGUACGAACGGCAAAUAUGCGCAACUUUGGACUUGGAAUAUACACAGAAGACUCACCAUCGUGGUGUUCCGUUGCGAACUUUUAGUCAAAAUUUGGAUCGGUUUUCCACGAAUAAAGCGUAUUGCCGUGAAAAUGGCAGUUGCCCCAUUCAAGGAACGCUUGACCUUUUCAAUUGUAUCGGGGUACCGUUGAUUGCCACUUUGCCACAUUUUCUGGACACGCACCCAUCAUUGCUGGCAAAUAUUCAGUCGGGACUGCAACCAAAUAGGAAAGCGCAUGAAAUUUAUAUCAGUAUCGAUUUGAAAAGCGGCAUCCCAUUUUUGGUCGCAAAACGAUUGCAAAUAAAUUUCGAAUUAGCCCCUAUACCAGAAAUAGAAGUGAUGGCCAAUUUUCGGAGCAUUAUAUUCCCAUGGAUAUGGGUUGAGGAACGUCUUAAAUUGAACGGCGCUUAUGUGACAUUGAUCCACUCAACUCUAAUCUCGUAAGCAAUUAACCCUCUAAUGCAUUAAUUUUACCCAGAGCUGGGAGUAC